AUGGGCUAUAGCACCUUGGCUCAGCUGCUGAUUGUUGACAUCGCUCCUUCCGCUUUCGCUGUGGCCAUGGAUUCAGCCACGGCGGCGUCGGUGUACGGCAUGAGAUUCCCCGUCACCGCGCGCUCGCGGGAUGACCCGCGGCUCCUGGGAUGGAGGAUGGUUGAUGGCAAAAGCCAGGCGCUGCAGCAGCGACACCUGGCCGAACUGGAGGCGGAGGGCAGGAAGAUGAAGGAUCAACCGAAGGAGGACACGCCGGGAUCGGGGAUGCUGGCGGCCAUUGCGCACUUUGAUGCGUUGCAAGCUUCAGCAAAGAAGCCUGCGGUAAUCAAGGCGGAGGUGGUGGAAUUUGAAGCCGCACCGCUGUCUGAAGUGAUUGCCGAGGCAGGACGGGGGCAGGGUCAGGAUGGGCCAGGCCUUUCUCUCCGCGAUCGGCUGCUGCGGCAGGCAGCAGCCGGGAAGGUGUUGGGCUGCUGGUGUGACCUGCAGUUGAGGGCUGCCACGGCGGCGUCGGUGUACCGCAUGAGAUUCCCCGUCACCGCACGCUCGCGGGAUGACCCGCGGCUCCUGGGAUGGAGGAUGGUUGAUGGCAAAAGCCAGGCGCUGCAGCAGCGACACCUGGCCGAACUGGAGGCGGAGGGCAGGAAGAUGAAGGAUCAACCGAAGGAGGACACGCCGGGAUCGGGGAUGCUGGCGGCCAUUGCGCACUUUGAUGCGUUGCAAUCAGCAAAGAAACCUGUGAUCAAGGCGGAGGAUGACAUCGCGCAAUUUGUGCAGGCAGCCGGGAAGGUGUUGGGCUGCUGGUGUGACCUGCAGUUGAGGGCUGGCACCUUGGCUCAGCUGCUGAUUGUUGACAUCGCUCCUUCCGCUUUCGCUGUGGCCAUGGAUUCAGCCACGGCGGCGUCGGUGUACGGCAUGAGAUUCCCCGUCACCGCGCGCUCGCGGGAUGACCCGCGGCUCCUGGGAUGGAGGAUGGUUGAUGGCAAAAGCCAGGCGCUGCAGCAGCGACACCUGGCCGAACUGGAGGCGGAGGGCAGGAAGAUGAAGGAUCAACCGAAGGAGGACACGCCGGGAUCGGGGAUGCUGGCGGCCAUUGCGCACUUUGAUGCGUUGCAAGCUUCAGCAAAGAAGCCUGCGGUAAUCAAGGCGGAGGUGGUGGAAUUUGAAGCAGCGCCGCUGUCUGAAGUGAUUGCCGAGGCAGGACAGGGGCAGGGUCAGGAUGGGCCAGGCCUUGCUCUCCGCGAUCGGCUGCUGCGGCAGGCAGCCGGGAAGGUGUUGGGCUGCUGGUGUGACCUGCAGUUGAGGGCUGCCACGGCGGCGUCGGUGUACGGCAUGAGAUUCCCCGUCACCGCGCGCUCGCGGGAUGACCCGCGGCUCCUGGGAUGGAGGAUGGUUGAUGGCAAAAGCCAGGCGCUGCAGCAGCGACACCUGGCCGAACUGGAGGCGGAGGGCAGGAAGAUGAAGGAUCAACCGAAGGAGGACACGCCGGGAUCGGGGAUGCUGGUGGCCAUUGCGCACUUUGAUGCGUUGCAAGCUUCAGCAAAGAAGCCUGCGGUAAUCAAGGCGGAGGCGGGGAGAGAGUGGAUUUGA